AUGACUAUUGAUGAUCUGGGAGGGAGUGUAUUGGAGAGCCUCACAGCCCUGGGUGAGACUGACCCAUCCUUUGUCCAGCCUCAAGUUUCUGUGUCAGAUAGUCAAGGGCCAGGCACACCAUUUGGCAAUGGAGCUGGGUCCUCAUAUACCCAGUUGGGAAAUGGGAGUGCAUCCACCCAGCCACAACAGCCAGGCCCCUCUCCUUUGCCACAGUCUUCUAUGCAGGCUACAUCUCAGUCAUAUGGCAUGAAGCAUCAUCAGUAUGACUACCACAUGAUGUAUGGGUCCCAAAAUAAUGUCCCACCAACUCAUUCCAUGAUGCCUCCAGGAAGUAUGCAGAAUCCUGGGUAUUCAAAUGCAGGUGCAAGUACACCCAGGGCAACUGGUUACAGUUACUCAAUGCCAACCAUGAAUUAUCAACAACAGUCUCCCAUACAGCAAAAUCAGACCCCACUGUAUAAUUCAUCUGCAACUGGGAGUAGAGCCAUGUAUGGAGCUUCAACCCAAGGACCAGUACCUUCUGACACUAAUAGGUGGGGCUUACCACAAGUGUCAAGGCCACAUUAUCCCAUGAUGUCCUCAUCAAGUUAUGGGGCAUACUCUAAUGGUGUUCCCGGUGGGCCAAGAGGACCUGGAAUGGGACCAGUUCCAUACGAACAGAAUUAUCCUUCUCAUUCUGGUUCAUCAUAUGUCAAUCAGCCUACGGCAGCCAGGUACCCAUCACAAAGCUCCAUGCCUAUGAGUAUGCCAUACCAGGGUCAUAUGGGACCUGAUUACAGUGCAAGAAUGAGGGGUAGUCAUCCCCAUAGGAUGCCCCAAGCACAUCCUUAUGGAAUGAGCAUGUCUGGAUACCCAUACAUAGGCCAGCAACAGCAGAUGCAACAGCCACAGCAGCAAAUGCAACAACCCCCACUGCCUACACAACAGCCCACACAACACCAGGCACAAGUGCAAGGACAAAUAAAUGGACCAUAUUCCCAGCCUUUCCCAAGUCAGUCAACAUAUUUAGGCCCUGGAUCUGGGUCUCAGACCACUGGUGUGAUACAAAGAACUGAGAAGCCUAAUUCAGGUGUGCAGCUACCUUCUGGAAGUCCUCACUAUAGUUCUCCAACCACAUUCCAAGUUUCCCACUCUCAGCAACAGAAGGGAUCUCCCAGUCCACAGCUAUCUCCUCAUCAGAAUUUGAUUCCAAAUACCAACAUGUCACCACGCUCUGUUCAGUCAUCAUCUUCUCCAAGAGCAUCUCCAUCUCUUCAUUCCAAGGUUCAUCCAACACAAAAUGUGCUUCCCAAUGAUUCUAAUUUCCCUCGUUCAAGCCUCCAACAGUUGGAACAAAUGGUUGGCCCUCCCAUGAAUCCCUUCUCCAGUCCUGGCCCUGGAAUGGGCUAUCAGCAACAGCAACAACAACAAACUUCUCCAAUUCCCCGGUCUGGCAACAAUGCAAUUCCUGGAGGCAUGCAGCAGCAAUCAUUUAGUCCUGCAAUGACAAGUCCUACUGGGCCCAUGCAGCAGCAUGGGCAAAUCAGACCCCCUGUUUCUCCAAAUGUGAUCCCUCGACCAGCUCAGAGCCCUAGCAUGGGGCCAAGAACUCCCAUGUCCCCACAGCAGUGGGGUUUGCCUCGGCCCCAACCCUCACCUUCCAAUAGUGGAGCCCCACCUAGGACUUCGCCCUCAGUUAGUGCAAGCACAACUGUUGCAACCUCAUGCAUCAGUGAAGAUGUAUUGACAAGUUGUUCUCAGUCAGGAAUCAGUAUUCCCACUUCCAUACCCCCAACCACAGGGUCUGGAAGUAUGAUGGUGAGCAUGGAAGAGACAUCUGCAUCAAUGCAACCAGUCAUGAGUGAUAUCCCGAAGGAAGUGAAUGAGUGCAAAGGAGAGACACCAAGUGAUACAAUGAGUGAUGAAAGUACAAAAGAGGUGGUUAACGUUGCAGGUUCAAUAUCUGGAUCUGGUGAUGGCAAAGAAGAAAUUGAAUGUAAGAUAACUCCAGAAGAGGCUUUGAGUGGGAUUCAAGCAAUGAUGAAAUCUCCACAGGAUGUGCAAGUACAGAAGCAACCAAGUGUUGCUGUUCAACCAGUUUCAACAUCUGGGCCUCAAGGGUCUGACAUGAUUCCUUCCACUACAUCGCAUUCCAGCGAGAUCCCACUCUCAUCGCAGGUGUCAACAGUUUCUGCUGAAGACUCAAUAUCUACCACUGUGCAGUACCCUCCUACGUGUACCUCUGUUGCAAGAUCAACAGACUGCCCAGUCUCUGCUGGCAUUUCUUUCUCCCAAGGACAUGCCAUUUCUGCUGCCAGUUCUGUGCCUCCUACCACUUAUCCUCAUGUGGUUCAACCUGUUGCACCAUCUUGUGCACAGCCACUGCAUUCUGGUGCAAUGCCUCAAAGUUUCCACAUGACUUCACCAGCCCCUCUUAGAGCUGCAACUGCAUGGCCACCUUAUGGCCAAUAUGGUCCUGUACAACAUCCCCAGCAGCAAGCAGCUCAGCCUCAGAGUCAUCCAUAUUCUGGUAUGGCCUUGGCUCAGCAGAGACCACCAACUCCCAGCUUCCAUCCAACAGUGCAAUAUGAGAUCCAGCAAUUGAAUCAGCAGCUUUCUCAGCUUUACAGUAGUCCUCCCAGUACUGCCAUUCAGCAAAAGAUCCAAGAGAUGCAGGAAAAAAUCAAGAGACUUCAGAUGAGCUCUUCUGGACCCAUGUGUCCUCUGCCUGGUCCAGCAUCUGACAUGCCACUACCAGGAGUUCCUGUAUCCUCAAAUGCCUACAUUCAGUCAUGUCAGCAACCUCCCAGUAUUCCUCCACCACAGGUGGUAACUGGUCAGGAAGAGGUUGUUGGUGCCACAGUUGAGGAGGAACAUGAAGAAGAGACCAAGAAAAGAAAAAAACAAAAAAGUAGUCCAAAGGAGAAAAAGCCAAGAGCACCUCCCAAGGAGAAAUCACCAAAGAAACCCAAGGGGAAGAAAAAGAAGGGAGAUGAUGAUGAAGUUGUUGGUGAUACACCAGCUGAAGAAACAUCCAUGGGGACUGAACCUUCUGCUACAGUCAAUGGUGAUGUGGAUGCCAAACCCAAAGAGAAGAGGAAACCUAGGGUGAAAGAAGUUUCCUCCAAGAAGAAAAAACCUACCAAGACUCUGCUAAACUUUGGAAAGAAACGUAAAAGGAAGAGAUCAGACUCUGAGGGAAGUGACCUUGAUGCCACUCCACCACCUUCUCCUGCUGUGGCUGAAAAUGAUGAUGAUUCUGCUCAUUUGAAGCGACGUUCUGCAAGGAAUACCAAGAGGAAGAAGUAUGUUGAUGACAUAGACUUGAACAUCUCAGAGGAUGAAACCACACUUGGAAUGGAUAGAACACUUGGAGAUGGCAAAGGUGUCGAUGGAUCAUUGGAUCAGCAGCCUGAAUCCCAAAGCCAGAGUCUUGAUGCUUCUCAAGGGGACAGCAAGAAAACUGAACAACCUGUGCUCCACAAGCCCAGUUUUGCCUACAUAAAUCCAAGUGAAGAAGAUUCCAUGAUCAUACAGCACAUCCUUGCCUGCCGAAAAGGGAAGAGAGAAGUAGUUGAGAGUGAAGAUGAGGAAGAACCAGGGACUGACAAGACACAAGAGAAUGAAGAGGAGAAAGAUAAAGAGACUGGAGGAGAGGAAGGAAAUGAGAGUGUGGGAGGGAACGAAGGAGGAGAACAGGGGAAAGGGAAGAAAGAACCCCGAACAGUUGAAAUUGAAGAGUACUUGGUGAAAUAUAAGAACUUUUCCUACAUUCAUUGUGAAUGGAAGACAGAAGAGGAGCUGUUCAAGGGAGACAAAAGGUUGGAUGAGGAACCCUUUAAUCCAGACUAUGUUGAAGUGGAUCGAGUGUUGGACAUGUCUGAGUACAAAGACCCUGCGGCAGGGGAUGUGGUGAAGCAUUACCUUGUCAAAUGGAGGGCUUUGGCUUAUGAAGAUUCUACUUGGGAGCUGGAAGAGGAUGUGGAUCCUAACAAAAUCAGACUGUACUUGGAGUUUCGCAAUGCACCCCCAAAAGAUCAAAGAAAGGUGAAAAAGGGACCACGGCCCAGUGAUUGGAAGAAAUUGGAUGCUAGUCCAGAGUACAAGAAUGGAAAUACACUCCGUGACUAUCAGCUAGAAGGACUCAACUGGCUCACGUUCUCCUGGUGUAAUGGUGCUGCCAGUAGGAACAUGAUUCAGGAGUAUGAAAUGUACUACAAGGAUGGAACUGGAGGGAGGAUCCCAGACAUAUACAAAUUUGAGGCCCUCAUCACGACCUUUGAAGUUAUUAUUUCUGACUGUCUUGAGCUAAGGGAAAUCUCUUGGAGAUGCUGUGUCAUUGAUGAGGCACAUCGACUGAAAAACAAGAACUGCAAACUUUUAGAGGGUCUUCGCUUGCUUGAUCUUGAGCAUAGGGUGUUGCUGUCUGGAACACCAUUGCAGAAUAACAUCAGUGAGCUGUAUUCUCUACUCAAUUUCCUGGAGCCCAAUCAGUUUGCCUCUCAGGAGGGCUUCUACGCUGAAUUUGGAGAUCUGGUAUCUGAAGAACAAGUUCAGAAACUGCAGACCAUUUUGAAGCCCAUGAUGCUUCGCCGUCUCAAGGGUGAUGUUGAGAAGACUAUAGCUCCCAAAGAAGAGACCAUAAUUGAGGUUGAGCUGACUAACAUUCAGAAAAAGUACUACCGUGCUAUUUUGGAAAGGAACUUCUCAUUCUUGGCCAAAGGAACUUCCAAUGCCAAUGUGCCAAAUUUGAUGAACACUAUGAUGGAGUUGCGGAAGUGUUGUAUUCACCCAUAUCUGAUAAAUGGUGCUGAGGAGCAAAUUCAAGAGGAUUGGAGGAGAGAUCAUGGUGAGGACUCUGAAGUCUAUUAUCAUGCCAUGCUUCAGUCUUCUGGGAAGUUGGUGCUGAUUGAUAAGCUCCUUGCCAAGCUAAAGGCAAAUGGACAUCGUGUACUCAUCUUCUCUCAGAUGGUUCGAUGCCUUGAUAUCUUGGAGGAUUACCUCAUCUGGAAAAAGUAUCCAUUUGAGAGAAUUGAUGGACGUAUCCGAGGAAACAUGAGACAGGCUGCCAUAGACCGCUUCUGCAAGCCAGAUUCUGAUCGCUUUGCCUUUUUACUUUGUACUAAAGCUGGCGGUUUGGGGAUUAAUCUGACUGCUGCCGACACUGUCAUUAUAUAUGACUCUGACUGGAAUCCUCAGAAUGAUAUCCAAGCUCAAGCUCGUUGUCAUCGUAUUGGCCAAAGCAAAAUGGUGAAAGUGUAUCGUCUGAUUUGCCGUAAUACCUAUGAGAGGGAGAUGUUUGAUAGAGCUUCCCUCAAGCUUGGGCUUGACAAGGCUGUCCUUCAAAGUAUGAACACCACACAAGCAGAUAAAGAAGGAAAUCUAGGUGGAGGAGCACAAUUGAACAAGAAAGAUGUUGAGGAGCUCUUAAGAAAAGGUGCCUAUGGAGCUCUCAUGGAAGAUGACAAUGCUGGAGAUAAGUUCUGUGAAGAAGAUAUUGACCAAAUAUUGGAGAGAAGAACUCAGGUGAUCACAGUGGCAACUGAAGAGGGAUCAACUUUCUCAAAGGCUAGCUUUGCCCACACCACCAGCCGUUCUGACAUUGACAUUGAUGAUCCUGAUUUCUGGCAAAAAUGGGCUAAGAAAGCUGAUGUUGAUCUUGAUGCUGGGAAGAAGGAGCUAAUAGUUGACAUGCCUCGCAAGCGAACCCAGACAAGAAGGUUUGGCAAUGAUGAGACCAUGGUGGAUAUAUCUGACUUAGAGAGUUCUUCUGACACUGAUGAUGAGCGUGGUGCACCUCACACUCGUCGUGGCCGAUCUCGCCUUGGCCGGCGUAGAGGAAGAAGUAGCUAUGAUGCUGACUUCAACUCUGAAGAUGCUGAUGUACGUUAUGGGGAAUGGAGCAAGUCUGAGUUGUUCAAAGUGGAGAAAGCUCUUCUCACUUGGGGUUGGGGACGAUGGAAAGAAUGUAUUCAGCAUAGUGGACUGCGGAAAGGCUGGAAAGAUGCUGACAUUGAAGAAUGUGCUCGGAUGAUUCUUCUGUACUGCCUUGGUGUGUACAGGGGAGAUGAAAAGAUCAAGAGCUUCAUUUGGGAUCUCAUUGCACCCAGUAAAGAUGCCAUCCUUGCCACAAAAAAUCAUAUGGUAGCACUCUGUUCAGAAAAUGUCAAGAAUGUCAAAGUUCCCUCCUUCAUACCUCUAAUGGACACCCAGACAGACAUGACUGACAAAUUGUUAACACAUAAG